AUGGUCUCUUCCACCCCCUCGGUCCUCUUCGUGUGGUCGCGAAUAGACCACUACCCUCGGUUUGGCCACGAGCAGCUCCCUGCUCCGACGUUGGCCGGCCGCACAGGCUUAACGUUUGAACCAAACCCUAUAUUUUUUGGAGAGACUUUGACUGUGACGUGUGGCCCACCACCAAAUGAGCUAGACUUUCGUAUCACUUCAUCAGAGUGGAGACUUGAUGGUGUGGUAAUAAAUGAAGAUAAUCAACACAGCUUUUCACGAGAAAAUGGAGUCGAAAGACUUACCAUCAGAAAUUACUUUUUCACUGAUGAUGGACUCUAUGAAUGUAGGCUCUUUGAUGGAGAAUCGGUUUACCAGAGUACUGUUGAACCUUUCUUUCUUCGGGAAACACCCAGAAUCAAUGUAGUUCCCCUCCAGAGCGAUCUCAUAUGUGAAGUUGGGCAGCAAGUGUCGGUCCAGUGCUCUGUCCAAGCUCCCUACGAGGUGGUGUUUAGAGGACUCCAAGGAGAAGCUGUGGUUGAUCAAACAAUCCAAGGGGAGACGACAAUAACACAGACAGACUGUGAUAACCAAGGAUUAAAUAUAACUUGUGAAGUGAAUGAUUUCCCUCGUUUCAGAAGAAAUACAACAUUUUUUUUGUUCACAGCUGCUAAUUUCAUAUGCCUUGAUGAUCCAGAAUUUGGAAAUGGAUUUUUAAAUGAUGUCGGUAGAGCUUCUUGUGAACCAGAUGAGGUGGGAGAAAAAAAUGCUAUUUGCCGAGAAAGUGGCGAAUGGGAAGAUCGGGAUGACAACUGCACCCUUCAGAUCAUUGCGGAACUACUGUUUCAAUCUCAGUUUUUGAAUGAAACGUUUUUGCCAGAGUUUCUGGAAGAACUGAGUAAUGCCACUACGACACUGAGUGAGCCAGUGACUGAAUCUCAAAACAACAUUGAAGCCAUCGUUAGAAUUCUUGACAAUGUAGCAACCUUUGUAACGACAUCAGAAAUUGAGAUAACUCAGGAGUCAAUGGAGGAUGUUCUUUUAACCACAAGUGUCCUUACCCAAGAUAGUGCAAUAGCAGCAUGGGACAUUCUUAACCGUGAAGCUGUCAUCGAAAUCCUUGGAGAAAGAACCCUCUCUCCUAGAAAUGAGAGUUUUAGCUCACUAUUGCUAUUUUCUCUUGAGGGUAUAACAAGUACACUGACCAACGCUUCUUUUACCAUCGAAACACCGUUGAUUCUCUUGAACAGAACUACAUUCAUAGACAGUUUCAAUGGGGAUUUUAAUUCUACAGUGGAGAUAGAAAUACAGGAGGCUAAUGGAGCAACAAACCUCACCGUAAUAACCUUUGAAUCCUUGGAUAAUGUACUCCCUCCAAGAGAUGAAAACAACGCUUCAGGCAGGGUCAUUAAUGGGAGAGUCGUACUUGUUCAGUCUGACUCCAACAUAGACAACAUCACAUUUAGCUUUGAAGUCAUAAAUGAGAAUCUGACAAGACCUCAGUGUGUGUUUUGGAACUUUACCCUCUUCGAAGGUCUUGGAGGAUGGGACGACGAAGGCUGCGAGCUGGUUGUAAGGGAGAAUGAUACGGUUACGUGUCAGUGUGACCAUUUGACCUCAUUUUCAAUACUAAUGUCACCUAAUGCAAUACAAAGCAUUGUGUUGGAUUUCAUAACAUACAUUGGGGUCGGCAUUUCCAUUUUGUCUUUAAUUAUAUGCCUAUGCAUUGAGGCUGCUAUCUGGAGAAAAGUUAUCAAGAGCAGAACAGCACACUUACGGCAUAUUUGCAUUGUUAACAUUGCAUUGUCCCUCCUCAUUGCAAACAUUUGGUUCAUUGUCGGUGCAGGUGUCUCUGCAGGAAAUAGAACCAAUCCAAGGGUAUGCACUGCUGUUACCUUUUUCAUCCAUCUCUUUUACUUAGCCCUCUUUUUUUGGAUGUUAAAUUAUGGCUUGUUGCUGUUUUAUUACACAGUCUUUGUCUUUGGAAGCCUUUCGAAAAUAACUUUGUUGGCUGUUGGAUUCUGUGUUGGCUAUGGGGCCCCACUGAUUAUCACAACGAUUACUAUAGCCGUAACUGCUCCGGUUAACGAAUAUAUUCAGGAAACUGCAGUAUGCUGGCUCAACUGGAAUAGGUCCAGAGCGCUGCUGGCAUUUGUGGUUCCGGCAUUGCUGAUUGUGGCUAUAAAUCUUAUCAUCCUAAUUGUAGUUAUAGCUAAACUACUGAGGAGUCGAGGAAGGGCAAGUACUGUGGAAGGGGAUGAGAAGAAUGUCAUUGGGGACCUUGCUCGGACAGUGGCUAUUCUAAUACCAUUUUUUGGAAUAACGUGGAGUCUUGGAGUGGGAACACUAGUUGACCCUGACAAUCUUGGACUACAUGCUACGUUUGCCCUCUUUAAUUCUCUACAGGGUUUCUUCAUAUUGGUUUUUGGAACGCUCUUGGACAGUAAGGUCCGGUCAGAAAUUUCGAAAGUCAUACCUCAAACCUCUGUCAGUGGGACAAGAACUACCAGUUCUGGAAACUCAAGUAGCUGGCAGUCGGCCUACAACUCCGCCCACAACCCCGCCCGCAACUCCGCCUACAACCCCGCCCGCAACUCCGCCUACAACCCCUCCCGCAACUCCGCCUACAACCCUGCCCGCAACUCCGCCUGCAACCCCGUCCGCAACUCCGCCUACAACCCCGCCUACAACCCUGCCCGCAACUCCGCCUACAACCCCGCCCGCAACUCCGCCUACAACCCCUCCCGCAACUCCGCCUACAACCCUGCCCGCAACUCCGCCUACAACCCCGUCCGCAACUCCGCCUACAACCCCGUCGGCAACUCCGCCUACAACCCCGCCCUCAACUCCGCCUACAACCCUGCCCACAACUCCGCCUACAACUCCGCCUACAACUCCGCCUACAUCAGAGAAUGGCCAAAAGAACUUCGACAACUGUGGGACUAUUGGACCGACGAGGAAGCCACUCGGCCUACAACCGGCGACUUGUCACACACCAUGGUCUCUGCCACCCCCUCGGUCCGCUUUGUGUGGCCACCAAUAGACCACUAUCCUCGGGUUGGCCACGAGCAGCUCCCCAUUCCGACGUCAGCCGGUUUGUCCAUCGAGAAUGGGCUACUUUGGGCGUUCAUUCCUGGCGACAAGCAUUGCCAGCCCGCCGUGGCCACAGCAGAACGACGAGCUGUAACUUGCUGUCGCCGGGGGCUGGCCGAUCCAGCCCGCUCGGUCCUCUCUGCAUGCCCGCCGAGAAGGCGCUUUCCUCGGCUUGGCCACGAGCAGCCCCCCGCGCUGACAUCGGCCAGUUUGUCCACCGAGAAACUGCUAUUUUAG